AUGUUGCCCAGAACAAGUUUUGCUCCAUUAAAUAGAUCUAUUGGUCUGGUAUCUCGUAGGACAUUCCAAAGUUCAGCAAAAAGAUGUCUGACUAUUCCAUUUUUACCUGUUCUACCACAAAAGCCAGGUGGCGUUGUUGGUACUCCAAAUGAUGCAUAUAUCCCACCUCCAAUUUCAAAGAUGGAAGGACAAGUUCAUUGGUGGUUAGAAAAGGCAUUUGCAGUUACUACUUUACCAUUAGCUGCUACUGCCAUAAUUUCAGGUCCGUUAUCGACUACAUAUGACUCGAUAUUUUCUGUUGCGUUAUUAGGUUAUUGUUACAUGGAAUUCCAUUCUUGUAUUACAGAUUAUAUUUCAAAAAGAGUAUAUGGUAAGUUCCAUAAUUAUGCGUUAUAUUUGUUAGGUGGUGGUUCUUUAAUCUCUUUAUUCGGAAUUUAUAAAUUAGAGAAUGAAGGUGAAGGUGUCACAGGAUUAAUUCAUUCUUUAUGGACUGGUAAAACCACCGUUAAGGAAACUGUUGAACCUGUCAAAUAA